AUGACGAGCUUCAGUUUUGUGCGCGUGUACCAGGUUUCAAGUUUGUAUUAGAUUGUAUGCCGACUGCAAAGCUAAGAAUACUAUCUUUAGCGUGACAUAAACGUAAAAGUUGGUACUCCUAAUUUAAUUACUAUGUGGGUAUUUUGCUGUUGAAAAAGCAUGAGAAUGUGAAAAAACGCCUUGAAAUAAUCAGUACUUUGUGUCUUCCGAAAAUAUAUGAAAACUCAAAAGCGUCGAUAUUUAAAAAAAAAAAAAAAAAAAAAAAAAAAAAAAAAAAAAAAAAUCGUACGCGGAUAGACAAAAAAUAAAAUAAAACAAAGUGGAAUAUACUAAGUAAAGAAAUAAAAAAGCGUAUAUCAUGUAUGUAUGAAAGACCCACGUGCGUCAUUACCUAUUUUAUUGUGGGACGUUAUCGAUAUCGAUCGAAUCAAAUUCGAUGAUAAUAACACGUGUUCCAAAUUAUUUAAUCACGUGAAAAUGUUUAGUCUGUAGCGAAAUGAGGCGAGAACGUUGGAUAUAUAAGCCAGGUGUGAUCGUUGCUGAAACAAGUUACCAACAGAGAUCAUCCCAACCAACAAUGUGUCAUUUCCAAGCUUUUUUUCUCGUCGCUGUUACGGUUUUGAUACCUUAUGCCGCCACUCUCGAGGAAGAAGAACGAGUAAGACUAGAAACUGUCAAGCAAAAAUGUAUUCAAGGCAUAUACCAGACGUUCCGUGAUGUAAGAGACGAGUAUGAAACCUUUCACUUCGACGACGAAAAAAACUAUUUUUCGGGAUUGAAAAAAAUAUUGUUAGACGGGUUAGAAGAUGUUAGAAGUCUUGUCAAGGAACUAGAUGAACAUAAAAAGUCGAUAGACACAGUGCAGACGACGCCGAAUUUCUAUGGACGUUCGAUACAUUGCGAUGCAAACGUGACUGACAAGUUAUCGGAAAUCGUCAAUAGAAUUCGCGAGCGCUCCGGAUUAACGAUCAAAGGACUAAAGACACCUUAAACGAUAUUAUCUGGAACUCAAAAAUAACUUAAAUUCAUCGAUGACGACUUUUGUAAUAAAACUGAAAUUAUAUUAAAAUCAAAUAAAAAAACUAC